AUGGUAGAGGUCGACAAGUUUCCUAACUUUACUCAAGAAAGACCACCACCUCCCUUUCCUCAGAGAAUCAAAAAAGCCAAGGAAGAACAACAAUUUUGCAAAUUCAUGGAGAUUCUUAAACAACUUCAUAAUAACAUUUCAUUGGUUUAUGUUAUUCAACAAAUGCCUAAUUACUCCAAAUCCAUGAAAGAUGUUGUCACAAAAAGAAAGAGGGUGGAAGAAUUUUCAACUAUUGCAUUAACUCAAGAGUGCAACCAACUUGUGUUAGGAACUCUUCCUCCCAAAUUGAAGUAUCCAAACCGUUUAACUAUUCCAUAUAAGAUUGAAGAUACAUUUUAUGGCAGGGAACUGUGUGACCUUGGAACAAGUAUUAAUAUUAUGCCAUCAUCCAUAUUCAAGAAAUUGGGAAUUGUAGUUGUCAGUCCUACAAAAAUCAUGCUUCAACUUACAGAUACGAGUAUAUGUUAUCCUCGAGGAAAAAUUGAAGAUGUGCUAAUCAUGGUGGAUAAGUUUUUAUUCCUUGAUGUCUUUAUUAUCAUGGACUUCAAUUCUAAUGAAGAAACACCCAUUCUGUUGGGAAGACCCUUCCUUGCCACAAGAAGAACUUUGAUUGAUGUGGAAAAAGGAGAACUCGCAAUGAGGGUGAAUGGAUAA